AUGAUUAUCUACACUGACAUCAUCUCCGGCGACGAGAUUCUCUCGGACACCUAUAAAAUCACCCCCGCGGAGGACUGCCCCAUCCUGUGGGAAACCAACUGCCGCAAGUACACCAAGAAGGUCGGCGAGGAUUUCGAGCUUGCUGGUGCCAACCCCUCCGCUGAGGAUGCCGCCGAUGAUGACAACGGCGAGGCCGAGAUGGUCAUGGUCCACGACAUUGAGGACCAGUUCCGUCUCGUCUGGUUGAAGGUCGAGGAGGGCCUCAAGCCUUCCAAGGAUGCCUUCAAGGCUCACCUGAAGGCCUACAUCAAGAAGAUCAACAAGGCCCUUACCGACAAGGGUGACGAGGAGGCCGUCAAGGAGUUCCAGAAGCACGCUGGUGCGGCCAUGAAGAAGAUCAUUGCCAAUUACGACGACUACGACAUCCUCAUGGGCCAGAGCAUGAACGGUGACGCUAUGCACGUUCUCAUCAACUUCCGUGAGGAUGGUGUCACCCCCUUCGCCACCGUCUGGAAGCACGGCUUCAAGGAGAUCAAGGUCUAA